GCCCCUGCUCCCCACGGGGCCAGUGCCAGCCCAGCAUGGGCGCCAACACCUCGUCCGCCAACGUGGACACCAACGCCUCCUCCUCGGUGGUGGGCGGCAGCGCGUGGAGGGGCCGGGAGCCCUUCUCCGUCUUCACCGUCCUCAUCCUGACCCUGCUGGUGCUCCUGACCGUGGCCACCUUCCUCUGGAACCUGCUGGUGCUGGCGACCAUCCUGCGAGUGAAGGCCUUCCACCGGGUGCCCCACAACCUGGUGGCCUCCACGGCGGUGUCGGACGUGCUGGUGGCGGCCCUGGUGAUGCCGCUGAGCCUGGUGAAGGAGCUGUCGGCCGGGCGGCGGUGGCGGCUGGGCCGGGAGCUGUGCCUCGUGUGGGUGUGCUUCGACGUGCUGUGCUGCACGGCCAGCAUCUGGAACGUGACUGCCAUCGCCCUGGACCGCUACUGGUCCGUCACCCGGCAGCUGCAGUACACGCUGCUCGCCCGCCGCCGCAUCUCCAAUGUCAUGAUCGCUCUCACCUGGCUGCUCUCCGCCGCCAUCUCCCUCGCCCCGCUCCUGGGCUGGGGCGAGACCUACAGCCCCGAGCAGGAGCGCUGCCAGCUCAGCCAGGACCCGUCCUACACCAUCGUCUCCACGGGCGGGGCGUUCUACCUGCCCCUCUGCGUGGUGCUCUUCGUCUACUGGAAGAUCUACAAGGCGUCCAAGUUCCACAUGGGGGGCCGCAGGAGGAACGCCGUGGCGCCCCUGCCCGAGGCUGCCCAGGUGAAGGAAGCUUCUCAGGAACCACAGAUGGUGUUUACAGCACGUCGUGCAGCUAUCACUUUCCAGACAGAUGGAGAAACAUGGAGAGAACAGAAAGAGAAAAAGGCAGCUCUGAUGGUUGGCAUCUUAAUUGGAGUUUUUGUACUGUGCUGGAUCCCUUUCUUCAUCACAGAAUUAAUAAGUCCCCUCUGUUCCUGUAACAUCCCGCCCGUCUGGAAAAGCAUCUUUCUUUGGCUUGGCUACUCAAAUUCUUUCUUUAAUCCUCUCAUUUAUACAGCAUUUAACAAAAAUUAUAACAAUGCCUUCAAGAACCUUUUUGUAAAGCAAAGAUAAAAGGAGACACAGAAGAGAAAAUUAUUAUUGCAUUAUAGAGAGAUUUCUUGAGGGAAACAUUCCUGUGAUAUGUACAGUUUUUAUGCACAAGAGCUACUUGAGGGGAUUUAGGAGCAGUGAAAAAGAAGAUGGAAGAUGUCUGGAUAUAAACCUACUGAGAGUUUACAGUUCCCCUUUAGAAAUACAUAUGUAUUGUGCCAGGGUUUGGCAAAGAAGGUGGAGGCAGGGAAUGCCUCUUGUCUGCUCUUCAAACCAUCACGGGAAGCGGUGUAUGUGUCCAGUGCUGCGGCUGUCACACCCAACACGGCUGAUCCUGCCCAGCCAGCCCCGGGGCCGUGCUGGAGCUCUCCUCAUUAGCAAAGGCACCGCUGGGAGCUGCUAAUUGAGCAAUACUGACAUGUUUGUGACAUGGGCAGGAUGCUGGCUUCGGUUUUGAGGUUUAUUUGGAAGGGAAUAAACAUUCUGCAGUUAAUCAGUCCUUGAGCUGAUGUGAUAUUAAAGUAGAUGACCAAGCAGCUGAGAAACACAUCCUGCCAGGAUUGAGGGGCUGUGUGCUCUGCAAGCAGCAGGACUUGAUGGGCAGGCCUGGUCAAACGGGGGUCAGCUGUGUCCCAAACACAAACAGGUCACAAACAGGGGUUAAGUGAAACUUUAGAGGCAAGUACAGAAUUAUUCAGAGCCCCUGAGAUUGUGCUCUCACUGAUUGCAAAGGAGGAUCUAGUGAGGAUUUUUCACUUGUGUUGUCCUCUCACUCUGCCAGGCUCAGGCUCUCCCUGUUUAAUGAAACCCAGGUGAGCUCAAGAUAGAAACCAACGCCUCCAAGUGAAUGAAGACUGUAUGUAUGGUUAUUUCAUGCUGCCAUAAAACUGAGCAGGCAUCUGUGUUACAAACAGCAGCCAGGAUGUUCAGUCACACCAGGUGUGCUGGCAGCUGCUUGGCAGUGCUAGGUGAGUACCUGCACCACGUCUGGGGCCCUUGCACCAUAAAUGUACUCAUCAAUCUGGGUGAAGUCAACAAUUUGUCAGCUAGCAUCAGCUUCCUCCUGCUGUAACAAAGGGGUGGAUGCCAUCAGGUCUGACUCCCCAAAACCCAAGCCUUAAAUAGUUUUCCCAAGAUCUGACAAACACCCCUGCCCCAACAAUAUAUACAUAAAUAAUCUAUUUCCUUCCAUACUGCCAAGUCCAUCUUGCUUCAUAUUUGUUUCUCUGGUGGGUUUUACUUCCUCCCCUGCUCUGAGUGGGAGAGCUGACAGCAUCUCUGAGUAUUUCUAGCAUGGCAGCUUUUUAUUGACACAGAGUCCCAGGAGGCUUAAGAGAGCUUGGCUGCAUCUCAGGAGCACAGUGUAUGGUGAGGUCAGGCAGUGCUGUACCUCACACCUGCAGUGCUGUGACAGUCCAGUGUGAUCUGCUGUGCCUGCAGCCGCAGUCACCUGUGUGUCUUGCAUUCCUGCAGAGGAUACUUCUCUCAAUUUCAGUGGGAAUUCAGAAGUCUUAAUAACCUAGAAUUUCAAAAAGUUGUUAGAUAAUGACUCAGAAUUAAAUGCCAAUUUAAAUAA